AUGAAGUUUGUAACUAUUGGGGCUGCCCUUUUGGGGCUUUCCCUCUCCGCAAACGCCUCCCCGAUCCAAGCUGAGCGCAUGGAUGCUCCUCAUGCUCUCACUAAGAAGCAAAGUUGUACCAACGGUCCUACCAGUCGAAACUGCUGGCUUCCUGGCUUCGAUUCUAACACCGACAUGUACAAUUCGUGGCCUAAUACAGGACGUGUGGUCAAGUACGACCUCGCUGUCACCAACACCACCUGUAACCCUGACGGCAGUCGAGAGCGUGUGUGCCUGCUUAUCGAUAACUCGAUGCCCGGCCCGACCAUCAUUGGGAAUUGGGGGGACACCUUCGAGAUCACCAUACGCAACAAGAUGCAACACAACGGUACCUCUUUCCACUGGCAUGGCCUCCGUCAGUUGCACUCGAACACGGAAGAUGGCGUGAAUGGAGUCACGGAGUGCGCUCUAGCACCUGGGGAUACCAAAACUUAUCGUUUCCGUGCCACGGAAUACGGCACGAGUUGGUACCACUCUCACUUCAGUGCUCAGUAUGGCGACGGUACUCUGGGAACAAUCAUUAUCAAUGGCCCGGCCACGGCCAAUUAUGAUGUUGAUCUCGGCACGUACACUGUACAAGAUUGGUACAACAUCACAGCUUAUCAUGCUUCUUCCAUAGCUUUGAUGACUGGAAGGGGACCCGCUGGAACCAACAUUCUCGUCAACGGCACCAACAAGAAGACCGAAGGCUCAGUGACUACUGGGAAGUACAACAAAGUGAAGAUCCAGACUGGCAAGAAAUAUCGCCUUCGUCUUGUCAACCCGUCCAUCGACGCUGCUAUUCGCGUUUCCCUUGACGGUCAUCCUUUCACCGUUAUUGCGAAUGACUUCGUGCCUAUCGUACCUUACAACACAAACUGGGUUCUCGUUGGCAUUGGGCAACGGUACGACGUCAUUUUCACCGCCAACCAAACAGCCGGUAAUUAUUGGUUCCGUGCGGAAGCUCACGCACCAUGUAUAAGCUUCAACGCCGGGGUUGGUCGAUCUAUUUUCACUUACGACGGCGUGGCUGUCGCGGACCCUAACUCAGCGGCACUCAGCGGUGCUCCCACUACAUGCGAAGAUCCUAAGACAGUGCCAAAGAUCGCGAAAAACGUUCCCAAGGAUACCUUCGCCAAUCAAGCCCAGCAACUGCCCGUUUCCUUCGAUAACCGCACUGUCGCUACCAACAACCAGUCCAUCGUGCUCUGGACCGUCAACGGAACGAGCAUGAUCAUUGAUCCUGCCGAGCCCACACUCGAAUACAUGGCUAAGGGCCAAAGCAACUACCCGAAGAACUACAACCUGAUCAAUAUCUCGGACAGUGCUGCCUGGACGUACUGGAUCAUCCAACAAGCGGCUAAUAAUCCAGCUGGAGUUCUGGCCCACCCCAUCCAUCUCCAUGGACACGAUGCGUAUGUCCUUGGAACAGGCUCUGGCCAGUUCAACAUUGAUACCCACCUGAGCUCCCUGACCUUCACCAACCCGACCCGUCGUGACGUUUACCACCUGCCAGCCAACGGCUGGCUCGUCAUCGCUUACCCAACUGACAAUCCCGGAGCUUGGUUGAUGCACUGUCACAUUGCCUUCCAUGUUGCGAUGGGUCUCAGUGUCCAAUUUGUUGAGCGCCAGAGUGAGAUCAAUUUGCCCGCUCAAAACAGUGAAUGGUUCAACACCUGCAACAACUACGGUAAGCCGUCUGCCAUUCUCUAUGAUAGUAACAAACUGAUAAACUUUACAGAAAACUACAUCCGUAACAAACCCAUCUACCCACAAGACGACUCUGGCUUGAGGAAGCGCUGGCCCCCGCUCGAAUGGCCCAGCUCUCCGGCACAGAUCUGGUAG